GAAAACAGACCCGACAGAGCCGCUGACACCGGACAGACACCACCACCACCACCACCACCGGACACGCGCCAGCAGCCCCGUCCAAGUGCACCUUUCUGCCGCCGCUGACCGAGCAGGGCCCCGGGAGCCGACGUCGCCCAGUUCCGGUGGGUCCAGACGGAGAAAAGCGGAGGGGGACGGCGCCUGGAGCCGGACUAGACCGACCGACUAGACCGACGCAUCUGCGCACAGCUCAGAGGCAGAGCACCGGGGUGGAACUCCCGCACAUAGCCUUGAUGAAAAUGCCGUUUUCCGUUAACGGCAUCCUUUGCACGCUCGCGGUGCUGGUCCUGUGGCGCGCGGAGGAGCUCACGGAAGCGUGCAGCUGCGCUCCGGUGCAUCCGCAACAGGCGUUCUGCAACGCAGACGUAGUGAUUCGUGCAAAGGUGGUGGGAGAGAAAGAGGUGGAUUCUGGGAAUGACAUCUAUGGGAAUCCCAUAAAGAGGAUCCAGUAUGCGGUCAAACAGAUCAAGAUGUUCAAGGGGCCAAACCAGGACAUUGAGGCCGUCUUCACCGCCCCUGUAUCUGCCGUCUGUGGCGUUACUCUGGACGCCAGCGGCAAGAAGGAGUACCUGAUCUCAGGCAAAGCCGAGGCCAACGGGCGCAUGCACGUGACCCUUUGUGAUUAUAUUAUGCCCUGGGAUUCCUUGAGCACCACCCAGAAGAAGAGCCUGAGCCAGCGCUACCAGAUGGGCUGUGACUGCAAGAUUGUGCGUUGUCCUUCUCUGCCCUGUGAGAUCUCUGCUCCAGAGGAGUGUCUGUGGACGGACCUGAUGAUCGAGAAGCAGGUGUACGGUCGCCAGGCCAACCACUACGCCUGCGUCAAACGGGUGGACGGCUCGUGCUCCUGGUACCGUGGCGUCGCACCGCCCAAAAAGGAGUUCAUGGACGCCGAGGACCCGUAGUCACAUGACCACGAGAAACGUCAAAACGAUUCCUGUAUAACAACAUCAACGUGAACAAACAUAGUAAUUUUUUGAUAACAAGAUAAAGUUAAUGUGACUAAAAUUACUCACAUGUCUGAGAACAACCUUCAGUCUCUCUUUGGGUUUGAGUUCCUUAAAUGUUUCACUCACUGGAGGCAGUUUUCAACCUCAAAACUGCCACAGAGUUUGAAAAGGAAAGAUUCAGAGGUUGUUCUCAGACAAGUAACAUCAUGAGACAUAGACUGGUCAAGUGAUGAUCUCAGCUCCUCCUGAGGCUGGCGUCAGGAGGACGUGAAUCCACAGUAAGACAGAGCACUUCCUGCCCCGUAAAGCUCUUAACUCUGCUCUCCAUUCACACCAAUCUGUCCCUGAAGACCAUCCUUUUUUUUCCCCCCCGUCACGUUUCUAUUCUUUAUUACCUCAUUCUCCAUUUUUAUUCCAAAGCCAAAUUCCGAGUUGCCUUUGUUUUUCGAUGAUUGUUUCCCUGUUUCUCCGAAUGCUCUUGGUUCCCUUAUCUUCUCUGCUGGUUAGCGACGCCCACAACAUGCUCACAUUUUUUCUUUAAAAGGAUCAUGAUUCAUCUUUUCAAAGCUGAUCUUCAUUAGUUGACGAAUCCUUUUUCUUUUUGUUGCUGGUGACUGUAUCGCAGGCGUCACUGGACCAGUCUAUGCUAUGUGACCAUGAGCUCAACAGCUAAAAUUAAAACCUAUGAGUAGGGCUGGGUGACGAAGACAGAAAAGAAAAGAAAAUCUCUAUAAAAUCUUGGCUUUUUCAUGCUUAGGCAUGAUUCACGAUUUUAAUAGCUUUUUUUUUUUUUUUUACCCCCAGCAGAACUCAAACACAACUUGAAACCAGUCAAGUUAUUAUUCAUCUUGAGGUCUAGUGGAUUUUUAAACGCUGAUCAAAUAACAGUCAUGAAACGUCAAACUUCAAGUAAUUAAUUAAAAAUGGUUCUAACGGAACAGUAAAUUAAAUGUAAAAAAAUUCUAGGUGGGAAUAACACUUCUGUUAUCACCUAUUUGUAAGUCUAAGUACAGUACAAAGUUAAAUGAUUUGUAUAAAAAUGAGCAUGAAGACAAAAUAAUAUCAAGUGUAGAGGACCCAAGACCAAUCUUUGUGGAACACCCUUAGUUACAGACCACACAGCCACCGAACCACACACAAGCACAACAUUUAAAACCAACAGCGUUUAGAAUCUGUCAAAGUAAACAGUGAUCAAUGAUGUCAGAUGAACACGGCAGAACUACUUUAUUUUUUAUAUCCAGGUCGUUGACAAUAUCAUUUGUAACCAUGGUGAUGGCAAAGAUUACACGAAAACAAGGUAUGGUGUAGUGCUGCCGCUAACGACUAAUUUUCUAACGAUUAAUCUUUUGACUAAUUUUUUGAUUAGUCGACUAAACGACUAAUUAAAAAAAAAAAAAAUCAAGUGUUUGUUAUUUUGUUUUGUCCAUUUGUUUAAUACAGCUCAAAGGCCAAAACAUAAAAUGUCACCUGACAAAUGUAAACAAUAUAAAUAACUUAAAUAUUACCAACAAAGUGGGAUGUUUUCCACGUAAGAGUGGGGGAGGAUGAACAGGAGCGGACAGAUGUGCAGACCAGGGGGGUGAACCGCCGUAAGAGCAGAGUAAUGAAACUGAAGAUGCUUAUACGACGGGGGGGGGGGGGGGGGUUCUCUCUCUCUCUCUCUCUGAGGUUCUGCAGGAUCUAAUGCUGGCAUGGAUUCCCCUGGUACCGUGGCCUAAAAUAAAUAGGCGCUCAGUAGUAAAACGACUCACUGACUAAAAGAAUUGCUGUUGACUAAUUUUCUAGGGCAUUAGUGACUUCAGAUUUAUCAGAUUAACUUAUUUGUCAGUAAAGUUGAAGUGGAGUCGGCUGGUCGUGUGAUGGCGUCACAGACACACAGACGUUCAACAAUGAACAACUUGGACUAACGUUUACUGGAACUAGGGCUGCAGCUAUCGAAUAUUUUAGUAUUUGAGUAUUCUACUGAAAAUUCAUUCGAUUAAUCAAGUAAUCGGAUAAAACGUAUUUUUGCUUGGUUAAAGAACAAUUAUAAAUACACAAGAGGAAAUGAGGUAUUUCACUUAAUAAUGAAGGACCAAUUGGUUCCCUUUUUUUUUUUUUUUGAUAAUUAAGUUUCAUUUCUUACAUUCGUACUGUGCAUAUACAACAAAAUGUAUUUUCUUGACUAGAAACAUUUCCAGAGAGGCAACUGCAAACACAAAUAAAAAUAAAUAAAAUUUAAUUACUUUUAACUUAGUAUUUCUUAUAAGUAUCAAAAAUAUAAGGCAUUAAUACAUUUUUAAAAAGGCAUAAACAUUGCCUUUUUGUUUUGCAACUGAACUUUGGCAGCUGUAAGUUUCAGAAUUUACAGUUUAGAUAAAACAGGAAUGUGUUGUGGCAAAAAAGAGGCAAGAGCACAUGAAUGGGAACUUGGAACGAGUCCAGAAAUUAACCGUGCAAAUCACGGCUGCACGGCUCGCCGCCUAAAUCUGUGCUUGUCACAAUCGUAAUAAACUAGCCACACAUUCGAUAGUUCCAUAAUUAACAGAAACCUAGUCCUCCGCAGGGCUAACGUUAUGUUAGUAAGGUUCAUUAACGUUAAUCUCAGUGAUUUGCGCUCCGUUAAUUUUAUCUGGGCUCCUCCGCUCCACUCUGGGGGUCUUAUGAGAAGAUGCCCCAUCGGAGAUGUGCUGUUGUGGUAUGGAAGCGCCGUGUUACAGCGGUUACAUGACACGGUGGUUACCUUACUGUUCAAUCUGAAAUGCUUCCACACUUUCGACAUUUUCUGUCUUUUUUAUUGUGUUUUUUUUUUGUCUUUCAUCAACAUUGUUGUAUUCACUCGCCUCUUCCAUCUUCCCGCUGCUUCAACCGAACACUUCCGCAUCCUCCGUCAUCUUCCUUUGCGCGAGUAAUGUAAGCGCGUUGUGACAUUAAGUAGUCCUUGCGAAAUGCCAUGCUAUGAGCUUUACAAUUAAAUAAGCGAUUCCUCUUGGCAGAGAAAAUUCCUCGAUCCUUUUUUGUAAUCAAGGUAUUCGAAUUACUCGAGGAAUCGUUUCACCCCUAACUAGAACAUUAACAACGCUCAGUAAAGAGCAGAAUAAAACACACAAACAUCACCAGUCCUUCUCAGACACUGAACUAAACUAAACAGAGGCUAACACCUGGAAUGUUCUGUUAAAUGUAAGUGAACAACAUACAGGUAGAAAAGGUUCAGACGGAGGCAGAAAAGACACACAGCAUGUUAGAGAAAAGGGCACAAUGAUGAACUAAAUGAACAGAAUAAUCCAAACACAUUAUUCUUCAGUAUUGGUGGUGCUUCCAUGGGUCAGAACAUUAGAUCACAGUUUUUCUACAUCAGUCAGUUUAAGAAUCCUACUGAAGCGUCUUCUUCCUUCAGUCUUGUCCUUGUGCUACAGAUGCGCAGGUCCGUUUUUUGUUGUUGUUUUUUUGUUUUGUUUUUUUUUUCAACUUGCUUUUGUGGAAUUAUUUGACCUGCCCCAAAAAUAAAGUGACAUUUUUUGGACCCGCAUCAACCCGACCCAGGUCCGCUGAUCCACAUCACUACCUUGUGCUCCAUGUUUUCAUGUAGAAAGAUGAGAGUAUCGACAUGAGCUGAAUGAAAUGCUAAUGCACUGUCGGUGAUGGAAGAGAGAGAGAGAGAACACACAACUAGUCGACUCCGUCAAGGGAACGACUUGUGACACAGACGUCAACAAACCGGCUUUUCUGUUAAUGCCCUAACAUCGACUAAUCGUGGCAGCACUAGUUUGGUAACCUGAGCUAAUAAAAUAAUUCACCCAAAUGAAUGCAGUGUCAGUAAUUGGUGGCGUAAAUCUUGACUAACUGACGUUGACGUUGUUGGGAUGGAUCACCCAGCCCUACCUCUACACAGACCAGUCUCCAGUGUCCCAAAUUUGUCCCUUUUAUUCAAAUCUCACCCCACUUCUUUGAUCCCCACUAUGUAGCUGUACAGUACCUAUGCAUAUACUUUUGUUUUUACUUGAUGAUAAUAAUUAUUGUUAUUAUUAUUAUUUACUACAUUAGAAAUAGAUUUGCACUUUUUGAGGAUGAGUUCCAGUAUUGACAAGAGCCUGAAAACUCUGACAUGACAGUUAUUAUCAGACUGACAGAUCCACCUCAGGUGCAGAUUUCACCUUUUUGGGGGUUUUUUUGUUUUGUUUUUGUUUUUUUCAAUUUGAGUGCUUUUUUUGGUGAUGCAUAAUUAUCCACAAGCUUGUUCUCGUUAUCUUUGUCAUAAAAACAGAUAAAAGUAGUACUCGCAGUAGAAGAAAAACAACAAAAACUUGUGAGAGGUUCGGAUAUAAGGGAUUUUUUUAUUUUUAUUUUUUGCAGAUUUUAUGUGUGAAAGA